CGUAACUUUAAAAAAAAAAAGUGAGAAAGGGUGUCCUUGCCGACAAAGCUUGGGAGAUUUGUCUUGUUCUACAUGUCCUGCAUGAGCAUAGCAAGCGGCAUGAAGAAUAUAUAGACGGUCAAACGGCAUGGAUUAAAAAGUAAGACAGGGAUAUGGAAGAGAAGGGUGAGAGGGAAAGAAUUUGUGUGACAGGUGCAGGAGUUUAUGUAGCACUGAUGGAGCCAGCUAUAAUGGGCACGAGAAAUGUGCUGAAUGCUUGUUUGAAGGUGAAUGUGAAGAAAGUUGUGGUUGUGUCGUCAAUCGGAGCUGUCGUGGUGAAUCUGAAUUGGCCAAUGGAUCAGGUCAUGGAUGAAAGAUGCUGGACCGGCACGGAAUGCUCCAAGAGUAUUGAGCUAUGGUAUUGCAUUGCCAAGACUAUGGCGGAAUCUGAAGCUUUGGAUUUUGCAAAGAGGACCAAGCUCAAUAUAAUAACUGUUUGCCCCUCGCUCGUUGUUGGACCUAUGCUGCAGUCCACCUGGAAUACCAGCAGCUUUUAUCUCCUUAAUUUCUUGGAAGGUUUCCAUCAGUGCUGCAUCUCUGAAUCCGCAAAUACGCAUUUGAUGUAUCCUGAAAGUGAUUUUUUUUUUCCAAUCUUAGCAGUUAAUUUAGUCCAAAAUGUCUCGUUCUUGUGUCUCAUUUGUAACCACGAGCCUCACCUCAUAUUUCCGUGUUGCCAAAAUAGAGAGUUCUGAACCAGCAGAUAAUGGAGUUAGUGCUUUUGUUGACGUGCGCGAUUUGGCUGAAGCCAUCUUGCUGGCAUAUGAGAAGCCUAAGGCAGAGGGAAGAUAUAUAUGUUCAUCUUAUGGAAUUCACACUCAAGAUCUGGAGCAAAUG